UGCUGAUCUUCCCUUCGAGAGGGAGAAGAGUCCAGACAAGGAGAUGAUAGAUCUCUCGGGCCCCGAAGCUGCGGUCCCCGAGGUUCAGAAGGAGGUUCCCUCUGCUGGAGAGGAGGAGCAGCCCGAGCAAGGUUUGACGAGGAAGAGGCGCCACUCAACUUUGGGUUCUACUUCUACCUCGGCCCUGGAUAGGCUGAUCCAUGCUGAUCCCUGUUCGGAUGUUCCGCUAAAACGGAUCCCCGAAGAAGUAAGGGAGGCGAUGGCUCGAUAUGCCAGGGCUCCGAUUUUGGGAGAGGACCCUUUGGCUCACGUGGGAUCCUUGGUGGGCCCCGAGGCUGCUCGGGAGAAUCUGCUUCGUGCUAACCCGCAGUGGAGGGUUCCUGGGGCCGAAGAGAGGAAUCCGGCAAUGAUGGCCCAGUACUAUCUGAACGAGGCUGUUUUCUGGUCUUCGUUCGCUUCCGAGUGUAGCUCGGUUGAGGAGAAACAACUGAGGAAAUAUCGUGAGGCUUAUGCUCGUGAUAUUCCCAUUUUGGACCAGAAGGCUGGGCAACUCCUCUCCGAGCUUACGGAACUCAAGCAGCUGUACCUUCACUAUAGUCGCGAGGCUAGAGAGUCUGCUGAGAAGAUCGGGACCGAGGUUGGCCAGCUCAUCUUCCGAGUUGAAGAGGAUGCUGAGAAGAUCGCUUCCUUUGCUGAGGAGAAGAAGGAUAUGGCCGCUAAGUUCGCUAGCGAACUUGAGGAAAAAGAUAGACUCUUCCAGGAGAUGAAGUCUAAAUUUGAAGCGGCCGACAAGGAGCGUAAAGAGGCGGAGUUAAGGCUCCACCAUUUUGUCCAGCAUCGGGAGCUGAUCCAGCAGCAAGCUGAUAAGGUGCCUGUCCUUCGGCUGAAGCUUCGGGAAAAAGAUGACUAUAUUCGGAAGCUGGAGCAGGAGCGAGUCAACCUCUACACUGCUGAUCAGUGUAGAGAGCAGUACUGGAACGGCAUCCUGGGUGCUCGGCGCAUGUUUGCGAAGCACAUGCCUCACUUCCCUUGGAACGAGAAAGUUCCUCUAUGGAUGCAGGCCGAGGACCACUUGGUGGAAUGCCAAGCUGAUCGAGAUGAAGCUGAAGCUGAACGCCAAGCUGCUCUUGCAGAGGCUCGGGCCCAGAAGGCAACUUCCGAAGGUGAUACCACUGCUGGGGGUUCUUCGAAGGAUGCUCCCCUAGGGGCCGCUUCUGAGACUCCCAAGAGUUAG